GGUCGAGUUCCGUGUUCCAUUCAGUUUACCGGCACUAUUUGCACGGUUCGGAUUCCUUCUGGGCACAUGUAGCCUGGCGGGCCGAUGAUGACAGAAAGCGGACGAAUCACGUGGCUGCAAUGCCGUCGAAAUUUCGGUCGGUUAUCAGUGCGCAUUGCAACGGAAGUCACAAGCGGGGAACGUGUCUCGUACCAUCUGUGAGGGUAAUUCGACGAGAACGACGAUCGAGACUUUGCGCUGCGCGAAAUUCAAUAACGUGGAUUACACGUCCGAGUGAAUCUCCGAUCUCGUGGAUUUAUUCGCGGGUUAAAUUGCGAGCGACAGUUUAAUGCACCGUGGUGUACAAAUUGUCCGCGCGGUCGAUUAAAACUAAAUAAAUCGUAUUUAACUCUAGCAAAUGUGCGAGCGGUGCGAGCGAGUAUACGUGUGAUCUGAUUGAAUCGCUUGUUAAAACAAAUAUUAAAUCGAUAAUAAAUUAUCGGUUGCCCGUGACAGAUUGAAUCGGCGACUCAUUAGAUUUGAAUUGGUCGUUAUCAAGAAGCUUCUAUUCUUGUAAGAAAGAGCUAUUGAACAAAUAAAUCGAAUUAAACUAUAUAGAAGCUUUAUUAGUUAGCCGAGUAGCUCAUUAAGUUUGAUUCUCCUGAGACAUGAUUGAACCGGUUUGCGUCUCACUAAUUACACACAAAGUUGAUCUAUAUAUGUGCGAUUCUGUACUUCGACAUCGGAAUUGGCAUACCUAAGUGAAUUUUUGCCAAACGAUGUGAAACGAAAUUUUGUCAAUGAAAGGAAUGGCGCGCGGAAUGCAGAAUCGAGCUGCGGCGAAUUUAAUCGCGUGUGUUGAUCAGUGACUUCGGUUUCGAGGUUUCAAAUAUGGAUAUUGCGCGAUUAAAAUGCACCUACUGAUAUCGGGACACGCGAAGCAUCAUUCUAUUUGAGAUUGGAUGUCAGAUAUUUCGAAGGUACUUCGAACUCUCGAAGAUUCUUCUCGCGAACCCGAGAGACGCUACAGAUUGCUGCGAACGCAUUCUUACUUCCGACUCGACGAUUGAUAGUUGAUAAUUUGUCGCGAGAAAUUCGCGGAAUUGGAAUUCCAUUACGUCAUAAGAUUUCUAAGAUAACGCGAAAGAAGUAAGCAAAUUUAAAGUCACAACAGUUUAAUUAAACGGAUUAAUAUACUUUUUUUUAUUACAUUCAAUCCGAUAAAAAAAUUCUCGAAUAAAAGUAUGAUCAAUGCACAAGUCACGCUCUUAUAUUUAACGAAUGUGACUAUUCAUUUAGUUUAGCAAACGGACGGCACAAUUCUAUUAAACGGAUAAAGCUACGUCUCAAGUGUAAGAAAGUUAAUAAUGUUAAUCGGCCCCGCUAGGGCAUAAAACACGAUUCCCUGGGGCGCGAAUUCUCGUCGAUGUUAUAGAAGAUAAACAUUUCGUCCGGGGCUUUCCGCAAAUUAACAUUUCCACUGUCUGAGCCGUUCGUUCGAUCGAAGCGGUUAAAUGGAGUCUCGUUUUAAGUGAAGAAGCCAAUCAGUACGUUUCGCAGGGCGAGCAAUUUCUCCCGAUCUCGUUGAGAACUCGUUGACGCACCAUAUCGAGAUAAUUAAUGGUGAACGUACCGCGACGAGAGACCUGAUGAUGUCACUUAACGUUUCCGACCCGGCGAAAGUGGCGGUUAUCUCAAAGCGGGCAAAAACGAGUCGAGUUCGCGUCGCGAGACGCCGAGGUGCCAUCACGCACCUGCGAUUCCUGAUGGAUUUUCUCGGGCCGCGUCCUGACACAUCGCAAUCCGUCGUCGUAACGCGCGUGACUCCGACGUCGCGAAUUGUCGCGGCACGACGGAAAGUGUUGCCGACGUAAGAUUGAAAUUUCCUCCUUCGAACAACGCAAGUGAUAAACCGGCGUGGCGAUGCUUGUACGUGAUGCUUGUAAAUACGUAACUCAAACGGCAGACCCCCUCCCAGUCUAUAAUAAGUGAAGAUACGUGGUAAGAAAUAGUCUAAAAAAAGAAAAGUGAAAGAGAAAAACCGGAUAAGAGAGCGAACGUACAACGAAAGAAUAACAAGAGGAAGGUGCAUUUCGUUCCCACACUGAUGAGAAAGAUGUUGACAACGAUGUCUACCGUCGCUUUCGAAUUGAACUCGUCUUAUUACACGACGGCGAUCGGCAACAGCGCGCUCGACGGAUUCUCAGUAAUCGAAUCGGAGAAUGCUACUUCCGCUCUGUACAUGCUGCCUGCCUACAUCCGAACGACUUCGAUGGUAGCCUGCAUAAUCGUGAUGAUUCUGGGUAUAGUUGGCAAUCUGAUGGUGCCGUUAGUCGUACUGCGUGGUAAGGACAUGAGGAACAGCACCAACAUCUUCCUGGUGAAUCUGAGCGUCGCCGAUCUCUGCGUGCUCGUGAUCUGUACGCCCACCGUAUUAAUCGAAAUCAACUCGGGUCCGCAAAUCUGGCCGCUCGGCGAGCACAUGUGUAAGGCUGUUCCAUUCGUGGAAUUAACUGUGGCUCAUGCUUCGGUUCUCACAAUUUUGGCCAUUAGUUUUGAGCGCUAUUACGCUAUCUGCGAGCCUUUAAGGGCGGGAUAUGUGUGCACAAAGGCAAGGGCAACCUUUCUUUGUUUUUUGGCGUGGGUGGCAGCGGCGCUAUGUACAAGCCCGAUGAUCUGGGUAUCGCAGUAUCGCGAAAUGAGGAUGACGAGUCACGGCAUUGCGCACGAUGUCGUUGCUAACGUCGGGAAAGAUCAGCAGGUGGCGAAUCAGGUGAAUCGCGUGCCGGUGUGCCUGACGCAGGCCGACACCGUCGCCAGCGUGACGUUUUUCCUGCUGCUGGUCUUGCUCUUCUUCGUCGCACCAUUCGUGAUACUUGUGGUACUGUAUUCAUUUAUCGUGAGUCACCUGAUCCGCGACUCGUCGAGGACGUCCGGCGGCACCAGCGACUCGUAUCACAGCCGGGCUAGAAGGCAGGUGGUGUACAUGCUGUUGACGGUAGUUGUGAGCUUCUUCAUGUGCCUGUCACCCUAUCGGCUCCUCAUCUUCUACAUCGUCAUAGCGCCAGCCGAACAGAUAGCCGCGCUUGAUUACGACACGUUCAUCUGUCUGCUGAACUUCUGCAGGAUCAUGUUCUAUCUGAAUAGCGCCGGCAAUCCGAUACUGUACAAUUUAAUGAGCAGUAAAUUUAGGCGAGGUUUUCUGAAGCUGUGCGGCUUUAAAGGCGAGAGGAUCACGCAUAGGAGCACGGUCAUCGGCACGAGAAGAAUCAUGACGAAUCAGCAGGAGAACUCAAAUCAGGAAGAGAACUUUUUAUAAACGAACGAUAUCGAAUAUUGUGACAUGGUGAGGUGCCUGUGAUUCGCAAUUCCUAAUAUGUGUACAAAGAAAUGACCGAUCAAUGACGUAUUAGUUACAAUUAGAAUAUUAGAUUGAAUAUUUAGCAUUAUAAUAAAUGCAUUUCUUCCAAAACCGGAGAAUGCUCAAUGUGAUAUAAUCUUUAAAAGUGAAAAGUAAUAAAAUGUGAGCAAUGCAAAAGGAUAUGAAGAUGUUGAAAGAUUAUGCUUGCUAUAAAAAAUUAUGGAAAUAUUGGAAAAUGUUAUAUAUACAUAUAUGUAUAUAUAUUUACUAAAGCAAGAAAUGUACGAAUGAUGGACAAUACUUAAAAAUAAAAGAAAGUGAAGAUAUCGAAAAAUGAUUUUAAGUAGAAGAAACGAGGAUUUAUAUUUCUACUGUUGUACUAAAUUUAUUGAAAGAAGUUUAAAGUCGAACAAAGAGAAGCAAGGUGUUGUGUGUGAAAGAUUGGAGACUUGUACGAGAAAACUUUUGACUUUCUGUAAGAUAGUAAACUUUACAAACUUUCCUGAAAAUUACGGUUAGGAAUCGAAUGAGCGAAUGCGCUCGGAAAGAUUAAAUGGUGUGAUCUCAUUAUCAGUAUUGCAGACGAUUAAAUAAAUAUGAAGGAAAUAGAUAUCAAUCCGUAUCAAAUGUCAUAUGAGUAGUUCUUUUUUUUUGCGCAAAGGUAUAUGAAAUUAUCGUGAACAUUCUAUGUCAAUUGAUUUUAAUAUUCGCCUCUUGCAGCUUUUUUUAUUGUUUAUAAAUAUUUUAAGUUAAUUGUUAAUGCUGUAUUUGCUGAGUAUAUAAUUUUGCAUAACAGAAAUUCAUUUGCGCUAAGAUAUUUUUUGCAAGUUAUUAUAUUUAUAUUAGAAAUUCUUGUAACGCUAUGUGCCAGACAGCAUUCACAUUAUGGUAAUUUACUGGAGUUUCGCUACACAAUAAACGUACGCGCGUACUC